AUGAGUAGCAGUUUACUUGUAAAAGGAAGAUUCAAGAGUCGUGUUAGUUCGGUUUUGAAUAAGAAUAGCAAGGAGUAUGGAAAGGACAAUAUGUUUGACGGUAGCGAUGAGAGUUGCUGGAAUUCACAUCAGGGAUCACCGCAAUCGUGCUCCGUACAGUUUCUAGCGGAAGACGGACAGACUGAGCAACCUGUCAAUGUCAGCUCUCUACAGAUCUGCUUCCAGGGCGGUUUCGUUGGAAAGGAUUGUGAGAUACACGCUAUCACCAGUGGUAGUGAUUCAUUUGCACUGGUUAGUAUGUUCUAUCCUGAAGAUAUCAAUACUGUACAAGCAUUUCCUGUGGAUAUCAAGAAUGCUCUUCAAGUUAAAGUGUUGUUUAAAUCAAGUACCGAUUUCUUUGGUAGAAUUACAAUUUAUAAAUUGGAUUUACUUGGCGAUAGAUCAUAA